AUGAAUCGUGAUUUUUCUAAACCCAACUUGGAUACGAUGCCAAACAAUGCGUUGAAGGAAAUUCUGAACUAUCUGAAUAUAAAAGAAAGAUCGGUUCUUCGAAAAGUGAACCGCACGCUCCGAGAAGCGGUGGAUAAUAACCAUACUAUUGUCGAUGUGGUACUUGAUUUCUGGAAUGACUCUAUCACUCUCAAAUUGGAUGAGAUCGAAAUAGAGUACAGCAUUGAAGAUGAGGAUAAAUAUAACGAUGGAGAUAGCAUUGGCCAAGUGUUGACAAUGAUUGAUGUGAACACUAUCACCUCUCUCAGAAUCAAUUGUGAUGGUGCCCAUCUGCAUGACGAAGAACAGUUUCUCGAUUCACCACAAUGGGAAAGAGUACGAGAUUUUCGACUCAUCGGUGGCGUGGAACUCCCAGAUCACAUCCUCAACGCCCUUAGAAAUGUAUCAUUUUUCAACAUUGAUCAGGAUGACGAUAACAUGGAAAUUACUUUCAAAAGAAUUUUUAUGUUCAUUUUGUCAGUUCUCAAUCGAUCUGAUAACUUCGAAAAAGGACAAAUAACUUCUAGAAACUUAUAUAUUCCUGCUCCUUUCAUCAAUGCUCACCUAAUAUUGGGAAAUGUAUCUGUUACACUUGAGCAAAAUCGCAUAACUAUGGAGAAAUGCGAGUGA